AUGAGUACAUCUGCGUUAUCCGCGAAGAAGCGCUAUGCGCUGGUAGGUACUGGCGGGAGAGCUGGUCUCUUCUACACGAGUAUCGCACGAGACUUCAGCGAGACGAGUAUCUUGGUUGCCAUCUGUGAUACGAAUCAGACUCGACUCGAUUACGCUAAAUCCAAGAUUGAUCCUUUGACCGGUGGUCAAAUUCCAACCUAUCUCGCCAAAGACUUCGACAGGAUGAUCGAAGAAACAAAGCCAGAUGAAGUGAUCGUCACUACCAUUGACCGGACCCACCACACAUACAUCGUGCGCGCUCUAGAACUUGGCUGCAAUGUCAUUACCGAGAAACCAAUGACCAUCGACGUGCCACAGUGUAACGAAAUUUUCUCAGCGGUCGACCGAACCGACAAGCGAGUGAGAGUCACUUUCAAUUAUCGAUACGCACCUCACAAUACGAAGAUAUUCGAGCUUAUCCGAUCCGGUGCAAUCGGAACUGUGACAAGCAUCCAUUUUGAAUGGAUGCUCAAUACUUCUCACGGGGCCGACUACUUCCGACGCUGGCAUCGUGAUGCGCGAAACAGUGGCGGUCUGUUGGUUCACAAAUCAACUCAUCAUUUUGAUCUAAUCAACUUUUGGCUUCAGUCCAGACCAAAGACUGUAUAUGCCCAGGGAGACCUCAAGUUCUACGGCAAGAAAAAUGCAGAAGAUCGCGGUAUCACCAGUUUCUACUCGAGGGCUUAUGGCAGUGAAGCUGCCAAGGAUGAUCUCUUCGCUCUCCAUCUGGACCAGAACCCACAGCUUAAAUCUCUCUACCUUGAUGCCGAGCAUGAAGAUGGAUACUAUCGUGAUCAGAGCGUAUUUGGCGACGGAAUCAGCAUCGAAGACACCAUGAAUGUGCUAGUCCGGUACGAGAACGAGACUGUCCUGACCUACUCGCUUACAGCAUACGCCCCUUGGGAGGGCUUCCGUGUCAGUUUCAACGGGACAGGCGGAAGGUUGGAAGCCGAAAUUGUUGAAAGCAGUUAUGUCAACUCUGGUGGAGAGCAGUCACUGGAAGGUGCAGCUGAGGAUAUCACACUCAUGCUGCGGCCUUUGUUCCAAGAGCCACGGAAGGUCGAGGUUGUGCAAGCAAAGGGAGGCCAUGGAGGAGGUGAUGAAGUGAUGCUACGUGAUCUUUUUGGUGAUGUGGAACCAGAUGAACAUAUGAGAGCUGCCAGUCACGUUGAUGGGGCAGCUUCCAUUCUCACCGGUGUUGCUGCCAAUCGGUCUAUUCGCACAGGUCAAGUUGUGAAAGUUAGCGAUAUCUUGACACUUCCAUAG